GGAAACUACCAAACACAAACGUACACAAACCCUGGCAAGAUCACAGCCUUGAGCAGUGCAAGAUAAUCCCAAAAAGUGAUAAGGUACAGUAACUGAGAAACCCAAACAGACACAAACAAGAAGACCAUCCAUCCUGGAUGAUGAUGACGUUGAGAGACAGCUGUGUUUACAGCUUUCUGUUGAGUCUUCCUUCUUCUCUCUCUCUCUCUUGCUUCUCUUCUCUGUCGUUUCAUUCUCAAUUCUUGACGAUGCUAUCAUCAGCUCUUUGAACAGCUCCGGUCAAUCAGAUUCAAAUAUUUGUUUAAUUGGAGGAACAGCAAAGUUAUGAUCUUUUAAGGCUAUUUUUUGCUUUUUCUUUUCCCUUUUAUUGGUCAUCUACUUUUCAUUUUAGGGCUUUAUUCUCGUUAUCACUCAUUUCUGGCUAUUGGGUCUUUUUCUUCACUCCCCUUCUCCCUCUAAGCUGCGCUUAGCUCAAGAUGGAAAUAAAUUAAUGGUAAUCUAAUUGCAAGAUUGGGAACUUGAGGACUAUCUUGCCUUUCUGGUUUUGAUUGUUUCUUAUUCACCAAGCACAUUUUUCUUUCACAUCCACGUAUUGACCAAAAAGUGUUGUGUGGUUAUACAAUUUACUUUUUGAAGCAUGGAGUAUCAGGUGACAAAACACAAAAUCAUCAGGUCUUUUAUUGAUGUGUAAAUAUUGUGAUUGCCAAUAUGUGUCCUCAUAAUGAUGGCUGUAGGUUCAACCAAUGAUAUCUGAGUAGUUAUAAGGAAACUUCUUGAAGUUUUUGUCACUCUUUUGUUAUGGUUUAAAAGAUUUGACAGGCUUAACUGUCCACAUCCUUUGGUGACAGGUAAUGAUUUUCACAUGGCACUAAUGCUGCAAGUCAUGCUUCCUUUGAUAGAAUUAGAAAUGGAUUAGUUUCUCUUCAUCUUCAACAAGUACCAUAUAUAUUAACUACAAUGGCUCGCAAAGGUAAUCAACAGAGGAAUGGAGUGGAUCGUCAUGCAUCAAACCACAAGAAAAAGGUUUCAGAUUCAGGGCAUGCAAUUCCUGAUAUGAAAGGACGAGGGAAAAUGAAUGAGUCAAAGGUUUUACCUGGAGAGGAAAUCCCAAAUGGCUAUCGGCCAUGUAGUCUUUCUUCAGAUAAUGUGAAAAGAAAAAACAAUGUUGGAGAUGAUAACAAAACUAAGCAAACCUCUGGAAAAUUUCAGGGAAAAGAGAAACAAGGAAUAGAUCAACCGCAAGAUCUAGGGCAGUCAGUGUCUCAUAGUGACAAUUCAGGGGAUUGCAGUAGUUGUUCUGUUGAAAAUGCUGACAUAAGUAAAGACAAUGGAACAUUACCUGGCUGGGACAGCGGUGUAAAACAUGCAAAAAAUGGAUUGAACUACUUGUUUAAUGGCUUGCAUCUAAAAACUAUGAUGGAAAAUGUGGAUUUUUCAGGCAAUGUAGCAUUUAGAAACUUGAGGGCAUCAACUUUGUCCAUUUUGAAGGUGGCAGGUGAUUGGCUGGAGAGGCAUAGGCCGUUGUUUGCUAGAGUAACAACCAACAUGCACAAUGCUCGUGAUUAUGUUAAACUGAAGGCUGAGCGAGCAUAUCCUGUUGUCUUGAAAUGGCUCAUUCAUUUUAGGAACAUAAUGCUUCUUUUGGCAAUGAUUUGGUUGGACUGCACUUUUAGAGGCAUUGAUUCCUUUAUGCGGCUAGGGACAGCAACCUUUUUUUCAGCUAUAUGGUGUAGCAUCAUAUCAGUAAUUGUUAUGGUUGGGAUGUCCAAGUUUCUUAUUGCCCUGGCCAUAGCUGCAUUUGUGGGAGUUUUCAUUGGUCUCACCCUUGGACUUUUGGUAGUUGCCAUUUCUGGAACUGUUUUCCUAUGGCUUUAUGGAAGCUUCUGGACAACAAUAUUUGUCAUUAUCAUUGGAGGGUUGGCAUUCAUGUUGAGCCAUGAACGCCUUGCAUUAUUGAUCACCACUGUGUAUUCUGUAUAUUGUGCAUGGACAUAUGUUGGAUGGCUUGGCUUAAUUUUGGCAUUGUAUUUAUCUUUUAUCUCAAGUGACGUUCUGAUAUUCUUCCUGAAGAAUAACAUUAACCAGCGCAGAUCCAGUAGAUCCCCUGAACAAUCUGCAGGAGUGGAAGGUCAACCAGGCUUCUUCAAUAGUGAGUCCUUUCAUUCUUCUUUCUCUGAAACUAGCCCAGGGUUAUCAUCAGAUCGUAGCCCUGGAGUUCCCUCAACCAGUGGGGCAGAUGCUGAGUUGACUUCUGAAGAAGAAGUUAUACGGUUGUUGAACUGUACUGAUCACUAUUCGGUGCUGGGUUUGUCCCGUUAUGAGAAUGUGGAUGUUUCUUUACUGAAGAGGGAGUAUAGAAAAAAGGCGAUGUUGGUUCAUCCUGACAAGAAUAUGGGCAAUGAGAAGGCUGCGGAAGCAUUUAAGAAACUUCAAAAUGCGUAUGAGGUUUUGCUUGAUUCCUUGAAGCGAAAAGCUUAUGAUGAUGAAUUAAGGAGGGAAGAGUUGCUGAACUAUUUCCGUAAAAGCACUUCUCAGAAGAAUGGAGAGCACGGUUUCUUUGCCUCUGGAUUUGCUCAUUCAGAGGCUGAAGGUGAAGACCCUUUUGGAGAAUCAAGGCGCAUAGCUUGCAAAAAGUGCAACAAUUUUCAUGUAUGGAUACAGACAAAGAAGUCAAAAUCUCGAGCAAGAUGGUGCCAGGAUUGCAAAGACUUUCACCAGACAAAAGAUGGGGAUGGAUGGGUUGAACAAUCUUCUCAACCAUUCUUUUUUGGAUUAUUGCAGAAGGUUGAUGCUCCCACUGCAUAUGUUUGUGCAGAUGGCAAGAUAUAUGAUGCUACCGAAUGGUAUAUUUGCCAGGGAAUGAGAUGUCCAGCCAACACUCACAAACCAAGCUUCCAUGUGAACACUAGUGUUACUGCCAAGCACAAUACUUCCAAGGGAUCUAGUUCAGGACAAAGAAGUGGUCGGAUGCCAACAUCGAACAUGGAAGAGACCAUGACAGAGGAAGAAUUCUUUGAGUGGUUUCAGAAUGCUGUGCAAGCAGGUGUAUUUGACAAUUUCAAUGGCGGCACUGCUGCGGAGAGCCCAUCUCCGAAGAGCAGUGGAAAUGGUAAUGGUAGUAACAGUGGUAACAAGAGGAAGAAAAAGGGCAAAAAGCAAUGGUGAAAGUAGAUAUUUUUCCAUACUUGAUUCUCUAAUUUUGUAAGCAUUUUACAAAACCUUUGAAAAGGGCGUAUAAGUUUCUUGAAAGGCCUGAUUGGAAAAGUAAAAAAGUUUUUAAGUUCGAUUC